UCUCUUCCCGGAAGGCUCAGUGUUUACAGCAGCUCACUUGUAGCUGUAGGUUGAGUGACUGCUUUAACAAACAGCAAAUGAGUUAUUUUAUGUUUUUUGCGAUCCUAUAUCUUGUUACGGCGUUUGUUUAAAUUAGCAGUAACCUGUGAUAAGAAUGACGGUUUUGGGAUCUGGCUAAUGUUGCUAGGUUAGCCAGCGAGGCGACAGUAGCAGCGGCUGCUAACUGAGCACAGAGCGGCUGCUGAUCCAUCCAGAGCAGGAAGUCAGGAAGGAGCGCGGCCAUGGGUGCGGAGAGCAGUGCGGUGCGGGGCUGCACUCUGCUGGAGGAGCCGCUGCUGACCCUGCCCUCCGGACCCACCAUGUACUCAGCGGUUCUCCAGGACGGGAAGCCCGCCUCUGUGUUCGUUCACAAGCGGGGCAAUGAAGACAAAGUCAACAAAGCUGCUAAGCAUCUGAAGACAUUGAGGCACCCGUGUCUGCUGCGUUUCCUGUCCUGCUCGGUGCAGGACGGCGACAUUCAUCUUGUUACGGAACAUGUGCAGCCUCUGGAGCUGCUGUUAGACAGCCUUUCCCCAGAGGAAAUCUGCGCAGGCAUCUACGAUGUCCUGCAGGCACUUGUCUUUCUGCAUGAGAGGGGUAAAUCGAGCCACAACAACGUCUGCAUUUCUUCCGUGUUUGUCAGUGAAGACGGCCACUGGAAGCUGGGAGGCAUGGAGACUGUAUGCAAGUUCUCUGAAGCAACUCCAGAGUUUUUCACAAGCAUUCAGAGCGCCAGAGAGGCCACCUGUGUUCCUCCUGAAGAGCAGGUGGAAGGCUUUAAAAUCCUUCCAGACAAACAUGCUCAUGCCCGGGACUGUUUCUCUUUUGGUAUAAUGGUGGAGGCUCUUCUCCCUUUGCUUAAUGAUUAUGUGUCGCAGGAGCUCUCCGACAGUCUGACAAAAACCCUGAAGGCAGGCCUGCUGAACUCUGACCCCUUGGCUCGACCUCCGCUCAGCUCCUUGCUGAGUCAUGACUUGUUCAGGAAUGACUUUCUAGAAGUGAUGAACUUUCUGAAGAGCCUGACUUUGAAGACAGAAGAAGAAAAGAAUGAAUUCUUUAAGUUUCUCCUUGACCGUGUCCAGAACCUUCCCGAAGAGCUGAUAGCUUCACGCCUUGUUCCCAAACUCCUCCACUCCCUUGUUUUUGCAGAACCCAUGGCUGUCAAGAGCUUCCUCCCUCAUCUGCUAAGACCACAAAAGGAUCCCAGUCAUGGGGACGGCAGCGAGGAUUGCCUGCUGUCCGUGUCCCUCCACCGGAAACAUGUGAUUCCCCAGCUGCUCAAGCUCUAUAAAGUAAACGAAGAACACAUUCGGAUUGUGCUCUUGACUCACAUCCACAUGUACGCUGAGUUCUUCUCCCACGAUGAACUAAAAACCCAGAUCCUACCCCAGGUUUUGUUGGGAAUGAGAGAUACCAAUGACUCCCUGGUUGCCAUGACGCUGCAAAGUCUGGCUGUGUUGGUGCCUUUGCUAGGAGCUCAGGUGGUUGUUGGUGGAGACAGAACCAAGGUCUUUAAACGCACUACACCUAGUUUUACCAAGUCUGCAGACGUCACACCUGAAACUUCACCUGUCCACAUAGUUGGAAUGGUUCAACCCUCCAGAAUCCCAAGUAUGUUUCCCAAACCAUCGGGGACCGAAGCCUCAGUUCUCAGUCACAUGGCAAACUUGACAGCCACACAAAAUAAGCCAAGAGUGAUUGCACUAUCAUCUGAUGCCAGUCGAAAAAUGUCUUUACCUUUAAAUGGCUUUCAUCAGAAAGAGAGGAAAAGAGAGGAAGUGUUCCUGGGCCCGGAGCAGGCCAACAGACUAGAGGGCGCUGUGGAUGACUGGCCUGACUGGAACGAAAAUGAUGUGGGAGAAGGUAGAAACACGCAGCCUGUCCACAUCCACAUUCAGACAUCAAAGAGAGUUGAUCCGGUUGACAGCAGACUCCCAACUGAAAAUGCAGAGGAGGAGCCUUGGGAUGACUUCGAAGACCCCGAACCUACCUUAGAUCUCUCCCCUACAGCUCCCUCUGCAGAUUCAGCGAUUCCUCCACCUCUCAGAGGGAGCACCUCCUCAUCUGCUGAUCAAAUUACUAAAGCAUCGACACUAAAAUCCUCUAACCCCCUUAAACUGUCAUCGCAAAGCAAGCGCACUUCAUGGGACAAUGACUGGAGUCAAAAGAAAGACUUUAAGAGCCCACUAGAACCAUCGGUCCCAGUGCCCAAAUCUGCAGUGCCAUUAAAGGGCAACAGGACAGGAGGUCUGGGGGAGGAGUUUACCAUUAAGGUGAAGAAGAAGAUAGAGCAAGACCCAGAGUUGGAUUUGUUUGCAGACAUGGUGCCAGACAUCAAGUUAUCUUCUGCCCCUCUGCUGUCUCUAGAGGAGAGAAGUGUGCAUGUUGCAGACAAAACUCUGGAGAUUGGCUCGUCCAUUGAUACUGCAACACUUAGUGCCAGGUUUGCAGUAGCUAACCCGUCUGAGGCUGAAACAGAUGGCUGGGAGGAUGGAGAUGACCUCAACUGGGAGGACGAGAACGCCUGGUGAUGACGUUUGAACAGAACUCCAUCUGGAGCGAAAUACUCAACCACUGGAGACCUUUAAUCCACGCACCACAUCUGGAGUGCCACUAUCCCACAGAGCAGUAAAGUGGAAGAAGCUUCUCAUAAGAUGAUGCAGUAAGAACAAGGAGGGCCUGAAUCUUUUAUCACUGUUUAUUAUGGGAACGUGGGGCAAGUACAUAUGGGCUGCUCGAUGGUGCUAGACCCGGACAAAAGAAGCCGUUUUUGUAAUUGUUUGCCAGUUGACGUUAUCCACGUCAAUAUGGUGAAGGGUCUAGGGGUAACUGUCGUUGCUUUGAUUUGUUUUUGUUUUAUGUGCCAAACCAACUUCCGGCAUUAAGCUCAAGUUAAACGUUUAGCAGGACUAAGGUUGGUUUCCUUAAGGUUUGCACUCUGAAUGAAUGGGAAACAGAAAAUCCAUUAUUUAUUUGAGCUUUUUGGUUGGUGGUGAAAUAAACAUUUUACUGCA